CACUAGGUGUGCAGCCACACAAAAUGUUUACAUAACUAGUAACAAACCAUAAAUAUGAAUGGAAAUGGAGGGCAAAGAAGGCUGAGAGAAGAACAUAGGAAGGCUUUGCAGUAGCUUAAUUCAUAAGCAAUGGACGCUCCCCUACUAAGUGACACCGUUGAAGGUGCCGUCGACCACCGCGGCCAGCCGGCGAUUCGAUCCAAAACCGGCAAAUGGAGAUCUGCGGUUUUCAUAAUUGGAGUGGAGAUAGCAGAGAGGUUUUCGUAUUGUGGGAUUGGUUCCAACCUCAUUACCUACUUGACCGGCCCUCUACAGCAGUCGACGGUAACUGCCGCCGUCAACGUGAAUACAUGGUCAGGGGUGGCUUCUAUGCUCCCUCUCUUAGGAGCUUUUGUUGCCGAUGCGUAUCUCGGGCGAUACCGGACCAUUCUCCUGGCUUCCCUCCUCUAUGUUUUGGGAUUGAGCUUAUUAACAUUAUCAGCGGUGCUUCCUUCUUUCAUUCCCACUAGUUGUGACAACAACGCUAGCACCACAUCUUGUCAUCCUCCUCAAUACCAAAUCAUAUUUUUCUUCUCCUCGCUAUAUUUGGUGGCUCUUGCGCAAGGUGGGCACAAGCCAUGCGUACAAGCUUUUGGUGCAGAUCAAUUUGACAGCCAACAUCCAGUGGAGUUCAAGUCAAAGAGCUCUUUCUUUAAUUGGUGGUAUUUUGGAAUGUGUGGGGGUAUUGUGUGCACCAACUUGAUCUUAACAUACAUUCAAGACAACCUGAAUUGGGGUCUUGGAUUUGGAAUUCCAUGUGUUUGCUUGAUUGUUGCACUUCUAGUUUUCUUGCUUGGGACCUACACUUAUCGCUACAGUUUCAACAUCAAUAAUGAAAAUCCAUUCAGAAGAGUUGCGCAAGUGUUUGUUACAGCAGCAAGGAAUUGGCGAGCCACUCCACCGACGGCCAUGGUUGAUGAGGAAGAUGGUGAGGCUCUUCUCCUAAAAAGUGCUAACCAAUCCGGGUUUCUUGACAAGGCAUUAUUGACUACAGUAUCUGAAAAUUCCAAGAAAGGUUGGGUAGUAUGUACUGUGAAUCAGGUGGAAGAAGCGAAGGCAUUACUGAGGUUGGCUCCUAUAUGGGCUACAUGUUUAAUUUCUGCACUUUCGGGGUCACAAUCCUCCACAUUCUUCACCAAGCAAGGGGCCACAAUGGACAGAAAAAUAGGGUCAUCAGGGUUACAGAUACCACCUGCCUCCCUUCAAACCUUUGGUAGUCUGUCCAUCGUUCUUUUCAUGCCCGUCUAUGAUCGUGUCCUCAUUCCGAUCGCCCGAGCUUUUACCAAGAAUCCCUCCGGCAUAACAACCCUACAAAGAAUAGGCACUGGAAUAGUUUUAUCAACGAUCGCCAUGGUGGUAACAGCAUUAGUAGAGGGGGAAAGGCUUCAAACUGCUAUUGAUUUCAACAUAGUGGAUAUACCAGAAGCAACAGUUCCUAUGAGUGUUUGGUGGUUGGUUCCACAAUACAUCUUGUUUGGAAUUUCCGAGGCAUUCACUAUGGUUGGUCUACAAGAAUUUUUCUAUGAUCAAAUGCCCAAAGCCUUGAGGAGCGUGGGUCUUGCCCUUUACCUCAGCAUCUUUGGUGUAGGAAGCUUUCUAAGUAGCUUCCUUGUCUCUUCCAUUGAGAAGCUAACGAGUGAGGAUGGCCAAGACAGUUGGUUCUCAAACAAUCUCAAUAGAGCUCAUCUUGAUUACUUCUACUGGCUUCUUGCUGGUCUAAGCGCUAUUGGGUUGCCUCUCUAUAUUUAUUUUGCCAAAUCCUAUGUCUAUAAUAGGGUAUAAAUUAUAUAAGCUUUGAUGGGGUCAUUUACCCCCGGUACAGUCCCUGCUAAUAGCAUCGAAUGUGUAUCUAUGACGGUUGAUACAUAGUUUUUCUUUUUUCUCCACCACCCAACCCCAAAAAGAAAAACAUCCUCCAAAAUCUGUGAAUUGUAAGGUUCGGCCGCUAACUAUAUUGAUUGGCUUUCAACAGGAUUUGUGAACUUUGUCUUUUGGAAUC